UAAGUCGAGACAAGAUCAAAACGACCACGCUCAUCUCCAGCUUGCUCGAGGACAUCUUCGGGAGAGGAGAUGUGCCCAGACAACUGGCCAGCCGUCCAACCCGGCUAUGCUUCUUUUGGCCUGCCUUGUCGAGUAUUGGACUAUGGUUCAAGCUGUAACGGCGGCCACGACAAGAAUGGUGACUCUAAGGUCAGCGAUGUGGCUGUCGUGCCCCGCCCCGCCCCGCGCACAUCACCUUUGCCUCCCAGAGACGAGUGCUGUAGGUCGGGCUCGAGUGGACUACUACACACCUCUACGACUUCUGGAUCUGGACACUUCUUUCGCGGGUGAACACCCGAAGGGAACGGCCACAUCUAUCAAAUCGACUGAGGAAUCACACCAGGACCGCAACAACCAGAAUCAGUCGAUUGUGGGGAGGUAGGUAUAUAUGAGGAAUGGCCUGGCCUGGUAACGCUGUUACACUGCCUUGUGCAGUGUUCCAACGUAAUGGCACUUAGGGCCCACGUGGGCGGGGGUUGGUAAGGUCAGUGCCCCCCGAAUGAUGGGGUGUUCGGCAGAAACGAACGACCCCAAUCAGGGGGCUGCCUUCCCUCGCCCGUCGACGAUAGCAAGCUGCUGCUGUGGGAGGGAUAAGAGUAAUGGGAAAGAAUGCAUGUCUCUAUUGGAAAUCCAGGCAACCAAACUUGAAAGGAUAUGAUGGGAAUUCAUUUGUAUAGAUACCCACCUAGAUGGCU